GAUAUGGCAGGAAUCAUUCGGAGGCUGGACGAGGCGGUUGUCAACCGUAUCGCCGCGGGAGAAGUUAUCCAGCGCCCCGCUAACGCUGUUAAAGAAUUAAUUGAAAACUGUCUGGAUGCAAAGUCCACCAACAUUCAGGUAACCGUGAAAGACGGCGGACUGAAGCUGCUCCAAAUCCAGGAUAACGGCACCGGUAUUCGGAGAGAAGAUAUGGAAAUCGUUUGUGAGCGUUUUACCACAAGCAAGCUGCAGACAUUUGAGGACCUUUCCGCCAUUGCGACGUACGGCUUCAGAGGAGAGGCCCUGGCCAGUAUAAGUCACGUCGCCCAUGUAACUAUAACCACAAAGACUGCUGAUGCCAAAUGUGCCUACAGAGGCAAUUACAGUGAUGGGAAGCUCAAAGGCCCGCUCAAACCCUGCGCCGGUAACCAGGGAACACAGAUACAGGUAGAGGACCUCUUCUACAAUGUGUCCACCAGGAGGAAAGCUUUAAAAAGCCCCAGUGAUGAGUACUCCAGGAUUGUGGAGGUGGUGAGCAGGUAUGCCAUACACAAUUCAGGAAAAAGCUUCUCCGUCAAAAAGCAAGGAGAGACGGUAGCAGAUGUGAGGACUCUACCCAACGCGUCGGUAGUGGACAAUAUCCGAGGGGUGUUCGGCACGGCGGUCAGCAGGGAGUUGAUCGAGGUCGGUUGCGAGGACCAGAAGCUGGCCUUCAAGAUCAAAGGCUACAUCUCCAAUGCCAACUACUCCGUCAAGAAAUGCAUCAUGGUCCUCUUCAUCAACCACCGGCUGGUGGAGUCUAGCGCUCUAAAGAAAGCGGCGGAGACCGUUUACGCCGCGUACCUGCCGAAGAACACGCAUCCUUUUCUUUAUCUCAGUUUAGAGAUCGCUCCUCAAAACGUAGAUGUCAACGUGCACCCCACCAAGCACGAGGUGCAUUUCCUGCACGAGGACAGCAUCGUUGAGAGCGUUCAGAAGCACAUUGAGGGCAAACUGUUGGGCUCCAACUCCUCACGCACAUACUUCACUCAGACAUUGCUUCCCGGGCUAUCGGCGUGCGGCGCCGUUGACGUCAAGUCGUUCGGCGGCACGUCCGAGUCGACCGAGCGGGUCUACGCGCAUCAGAUGGUGAGAACCGACUGUCGCGCUCAGAAGCUGGACGCCUUCCUCCAGCCCAAGGAGAAGUCGCUUCCCGAGCCCGAACUCGCCGGGCCUAGCGGCGCAGAUUCCCGGACCAAAACCGUCGAGUCGGACGACGCGGACAUGCUGGAGGCAUUAGACCUGAUGGAGGCAGAGCUCCCCAAAAUUGAGGAGAAGGAGGAAAGCGUCCAAGAGCAAGAUGUCCAAAGGAAACGUCCCAGGAAGGAGCAACACGAGGUGGAAGAGGAGGAGGAGGAGGAGACGGAAGCGGCACCAGAGGGGGAGGUGACGGCCGCAGCCACGCCCAAAAGACGGAUCAUUAAACUCAACAGCGUCAAAGAGCUGAGAAGCGAGAUUAGGGACAAUGCGCACAAAGGCCUUCAGGAGAUGCUGCAGAACCACUCGUUUGUGGGCUGCGUCAACCCCGAGUGGACUCUGAUCCAACAUCACACCAAACUUUACCUUCUCAACAUCACGACACUCAGCCAGGAGCUCUUCUACCAAAUCCUCAUCUAUGACUUCGGAAACUUCGGUGUGCUGAGGCUAUCUACGCCGGCUCCUAUUUACGACCUAGCCAUGUUGGCUCUGGACUCCGAGGAGAGCGGCUGGACCGAGGAGGACGGACCCAAAGAAGGCUUGGCUCAGUACAUUGUUGACUUUUUGAAGAAGAAAGCCGAGAUGCUGGAGGAUUAUUUCUCCAUGGAGAUCGAUCAGGAAGGCAAUUUAAGAGGCCUACCCUUGUUGCUUGACAAGUACACUCCUAUUAUGGAAGGUCUGCCCAUGUUCAUCCUCCGCCUGGCAACAGAGGUGAACUGGGACGACGAAAAAGAAUGCUUUCGAGACUUCAGCAAAGAGUGCGGCAUCUUCUACUCUGUAAGGAAGCAAUACAUACUGGGGACGGAGACGGGAGAGGCGCAGGAUGCGGAGCAGAACUCGUGGCGAUGGAACGUGGAGCACGUACUCUGCAAGGCUUUCCGUUCGCUCAUCAGUCCUCCCAAACACGUCAGCGAGGACGGCACGGUGUUGCAGAUCGCUAACUUACCGGAUCUCUACAAAGUGUUUGAGAGAUGUUAG